GAGACAGUUUUCUGGCGAGCGUUGUCGUUGACUACGACGCACAAUCUUAUUAAACCGUUCAAGUACGGAGCUCUUGGCUUUGUCCACAACUGCAUGAAUCACAUAUUUCCCAGUGACAGCUAGUCCUCUUUUCUUAGAUAUGAAAGACAUUUCUGCAACAAAUUCGAGGAUUGCUCGAAAUGUCAUAUAUCCAAAGAAGCGCCCCUCGCCGAAUGGCAUUUCAAAAAGUCACAAAACUCCUAGUUCCUAUAACGCUGGAAGGCGAACACCCUUCUGCGCGAGGUUGGCUUUGAUACAGCAGCGACAACAUGAGGCUCAAAUUUUGGCUUUUCGUCAGCAAGGUAUUCUCCUAGAAGAUGAAUAUCGUGAUGACAUACGAUUUUACAUGCACGAGAUGGAGCGAUUUACGACAUCGUCCACCCAGUCGAUGGAUCAGCAACCUGAAAUCAAAUGGCACAUGCGUCCCUGUUUAGUUGACUUUCUUGUCGAAAUUCAUUUCACUUUUCGUCUUCGUCCAGAAACUCUUUAUCUCACGCUCAACAUUGUCGACCGUUAUGUUUCGCGUCGCAUUGUUUAUGUCAAACAUUAUCAGCUCGUUGGAUGCGCAGCUCUAUGGAUAGCUGCCAAGUUCGAGGAUGCAAAAGAGCGAGUGCCAACAGUUCAGGAACUUGCGCAUUUCUGCCGGGAGACUUAUGACGAAUCAGCUUUUGUUCAAAUGGAAGGCCAUGUUUUGUCUACUAUCCAGUGGACACUAGGACAUCCUACUGCCGAAUGUUGGCUCAGAAUAAUGUGCUAUGAUCCUUGCGUAGAGGAAGAGAAGGUGCAGCAUGUCGCUCGCUUUUUGAUGGAGAUCACCUUGUUUUAUAGAGAAUUUAUCAACUACUCUGCGUCAUCAAUAGCGCUAGGUGCUUUGACGCUCUCUCGCUUCUUGUGUGACAAGGGUCGCCGAUUCUUGGAGGAAACGAAGGACUGUUUGGAGAUCGUGGAGUAUCUGGAUAGUCGCCUAGCAACCAGCGUGGAUGAUUUAUCAGAAAUCUUGGUCAAAAAGUACUCUUACGCAUUUUACUCUAAGGCUGCUACUUUUGUCGUGCAGUAUUAUCUUGAAGGUGGCAGAUUUGUUCGGCACCCUGUCAUCACGUUUCCCUCCACAUCCAAUCAUCCCUCUACUCCUACGAGCUCUUCAACGAUGAUAUCAGACGAUAUGCCGUUGAAACGAAACAGUUCCUUUUGUUCCAGUGACUCUGUUUCAUAUUCUUCGAUUGCCGAGGACAAUAAAGAGAACCUCCGUCGGACUUCCGAGAUGCAGGGUAGUAAACGCCAGGUGGACAUGCUGUCUCAAAAACAUCACUCUCCAGACUUCGUUGCCUUUGGUCGAACUGCGCUCCACAAUAUCAAUGGUUCUCCGAGGAGUGCGAUUUUUUCGCAAUCACUUCCAUAAUAAUCUUUAGUGCUCUGUCGCUUCGUGUCCGCCCAAUUCUAAACAACCUGCAAAAAUAACCUGCAAAAUGUACCAAUAUACACGUGCUUCGGCGCUCACUACGAUGUUCUCACCUGUCUCCCUUCUCGAUCGUGCAUGUUGCAAUUAUCAGUCCUUCCUUUACUUGUUCACGAUUUCAGGGUUUGAAGAGUAGCUAUGAUAAACGUCUUCGCAAUGUAUACCCUCUGGAGUAACGCGUUCUUCCUGCAUGCUCUGCGCGAUUUUUGUUUUUGAUAUCAUGGUCUGUUCAUACAGUAUACUAUCCUUAUCUGGGUUCAUUUCAUGAACUGUUACUCUACACAUUUUGCAUCUUCAUAAGUUUUUGUAAUGUGCAGAAAUUUUACUACUCAUUAGCGGUUGUUA